AUGAGUCCGACCUCAGGUGACGAUGCUCAUCUCAUUUCCAAUCAUCCUCUCAGAGGUGUUGUUGCACUCGAUGGUCGGUACGUGGAUGUGCAGAAGCAGGAGUGGGCAGCAGCAGCAGCUGUUGGUCAUGCCUUUUAUUCUCUCCUCCAGCCUCGUGACCUCUUCGCAUGUCCUCCCCCACCUUCGAUUAAACAAUCGUCCACUCACUCCUCCUCUUCAAUUCCCAUCGGCGAUUAUGAUUGUUGGCAGACUGUCACCUUCUUCCAAAUAGUCCUCGACGUGAAGGAGACUUUGUUCUCACAGUGUGAGUGGGUGAGUGGGACGGGAAUGGAGAUGUGGCCACUGCAUGCCACCUGCACCUCAACGUGCAACACGAGGUUUGGGGGGAUUGGCAGUGGCAUUGCCACAGCUCAGUGCAACGCACCGUCUCAAAGCGCCAAUAAGACGGAAUUGAAGAAAGAGCCCCUCAUGUUGGUGGUGGUAGCAGUGAAAGUGAUUGGCGCCAACUUCCCUCCCACUAACACUGACACCUUAAAGGCCGUGAAGUCUAACACCACGAGUCGAUUGAAGCAGGAAUGCAAAAAGAGUUCGACUGGUUUCGAGAAUGAACACUCACUGCGGAUGGUGACAGCAAUGUUGGAGUUGGAGGAGGCGAAGGCGAUUGGAUGCAGAGAUAGAGCUUUGGCACCACAACGGAAGGGAUGUGAAAAGCUCUACGAGGCACUGAUGAAGGUGCACAGCGCCAAGUCCUGUGCCAUACGAGAACUGGUCGUAGUGGAGAAUGUGGCGAAUGUGCUGGCUGAGAGGGUGAGCUCUGUGCCAAACACUCUCAUUCCACUUUUGGCCGCUUCACAUUCUCCCCAUUCCUCACCUCCUCCUCCUCCUCCUCCCACUACUACUACUACUGCUACCACUAAGGCUACUACUGCUGCAACAACCACUAAUACCACCGCUCCGGACAAGGUGAUUGAGAGCAUGCAGUACUUCCUGCAAGGCAUCGGUCUGGUGAGUCACAUAAAGAUGCAGACAACACCACUGAAUUUGAAUCGACGGAUGUCAAUGGAGGACUACGACAAACCCAUGGGUCGUAUUCAACUGGCGGGUGGGUUUCGGCCCAAUCUCACGGCUCCAAACGACGUAGCAGACGAGAGCAAUAACUGA